ACUUCCGGCACGCGGCGCGCCCCGCCCUCCUUUCACCCUCCCUCGCUGCGCGGGCAAGAUGGCGGCGCCCGUGGCGGCGGCGCCGUUCCUGGGCCUCGGCCCCACGUCGCGGCCCCCCGCCGCCGCCCGGCCCCGCGCCCGCGGCCGCCGCCACCGCAAGAAGGGCUGGAAGCGCUGGGCCGGGCCCGAGGCGCGGCUCGGCCGCGAGAUCGGCGACUUCCUUGAGGACGUGGCGCUGCAGCAGCGCGCGGCCGGGGGCCUCAUCGCGGAGAAGCCGGACGAGAGCCUCUUCUUCGUGGACACGGGCAACGCGGAGAAAGAUCGGAGGCUGAACAAGGGCCGGGAGAAGCCGCUGCGCAUCGACCUCAUCCUGCAGCCCGACUCCAAGGUGCCGCCGCCCAAGGACAUCCUGGCGCACCAGGUCCCCAACGGGAGGAAGCAGGAGCGGAAGCGGCGGCUGUGGGAGCGGCUGGCGGCGCGGGGGGUGCUGCCCCGCGCGGAGCGGCUGCUGCGGGCCCGGCUGCGGCGGGGGCCCCCGGCCCGGGGGGGGCCCCAGCCCCCAGAGCGGGGCCGCCUCGACCCCGCCAGGAGCUUCUACGACAUCUGGGCCGAGAGCGCCCCCCCGGGCAGCCCGGACAGCUGGAUCCCGGUGCAGACGGCAGAGCCGCGGGUCAAGCGCCCGGCCAGGCUGCGGAAGAGGCCCUCCGAGGCGCCCGCCGUGGAGGUCAUCGCCGCCGGCGGCUCCUACAACCCCGCCUUCGAGGACCACCAGGCGCUGCUGCUGCGGGCCCACGAGGUCGAGCUGAAGAAGCAGAAGGCCGAGGAGAAGCUGCAGAGGCAGCUGAGCUUCCCCGCCGCCGCCGAGGCCCCCACCGCGGAGACGCUGUUCCGGGAGGAGUGCGAGGGGCUGCUGGAGGAGUCGGAGGAGGAAGGCGGGGAGCCGGAGGGGCCGGAGGAGCCGGCGGAGCCCCCGCGGCCGGGCCGCGCCGCCCCCCGCCCGGAGAAGAAGACGGAGCAGCAGCGCCGCAGGGAGAAGGAGGCCCGAGCCCUGGCGGCCCGGCGGCGCCGGGAGAAGGCAGCACGGUGCCGGCGCCAGGAGCUCUUCCGCCUGCGCGGCCUCCGGCUGCAGCUGCGGCGCCGGGAAGCGGAGCUGCUGCAGCGACGCCGGGCCCGCCUGGCCCAACGCCGGGCCCGCGACGCCCUGCCGCGGCGCCUGGGGCGGCUCAGGUACGAAGCCCCCAGCCUGGAGGUGCAGCUGAGCGAGGAGCUGCCCGAGUCCCUGCGGGCGCUGAAGCCCGAGGGCAGCGUCCUGCGCGACCGCUUCAAGAGCCUGCAGCGGAGGAACCUCAUCGAGCCGCGCGAGAGGGCCAAGUUCAAGCGGAAAUACCGGCUGAAAUACGUGGAGAAGAGAGCUUUCCGGGAAGUGACGUUGUAGCCACCGACCCAGCCGCGUCCCGAGCCCCCGUUUUCCGCCUAAUAAAACCUUUGGCACCA